AAAGAGCUUUCUAGAGUUUCUUAUUUGCCGAAUGCCUUUCAAGUCGUAUGGCGCCGAUAGCGCUCUCACGGAAAGAUAGCAACAAGAAAGCAAGCGACACAUUAUAACCAGUUGCCGAACACACAAACGUACAUCACACAGCGCACUCUACUCAAUACAGGCCGUCUCAUAAUGUCUUCAAGCAGCAGCAGCAGAGACGAUGAUACGGCCCGCCUCAGAAAGGUUAUCCUCGAUGGAUCAACCACUCGGAUCGCGCCGCCUGCUCACGUUGCGCCUUCGAUGGCUGCGAAACUGAUGCAGGCCCGUCAAGAAGCCAAACAGACUUCGCUUAGAAGGAGCGCGCCGGCUUCAGAUCACCCCUCACCAUACAAGGUAGCGCGACCAAGAAGAACGGAACCAGAGAGGACGCCGGGGACGGCGACACCACCAAGCAGCGAUGCUACCAGGGCUCUCUCCUUCUGGGGACCUGAUCCGGUUCCACUGCCCUCCAGAUUUGCUAGGAUUAAGAAGAAUCUCAUUGCUGGACAUGAGACCGAACUGGAGGCUAGCUGGACGAGACUACUAGCUGCCAUACGUGCUGAUGUCGAUCAGAUUGAGGGCCUGGGGGCACAUUUGAUUCCGUCGAUUGAAUUUGCGGAUCUCAGCGAUCCCUCACAAACAUCGCGGUUUGGUCGCGACUUGCGCCGAUAUGGAGUCGGCGUAAUUCGAAAGGUUGUGCCCAAAGCAGACAUUGAGGCCUCGGUACAAGAUACCAUUCGAUAUAUUGACGUACAGAGCCGGCGAGGACGCGCACCCUCUGUGCCGGUUAGAGGCCAAGCCGACCAGCCUUCGUCUAGUGUCAACUCACCCAGAGAAGACGCCGAUGGCGAUCGGUACGGACACUUCCACGCACCAAAGCACGACCCGGCCUGCUUUGACCUGUUUUGGACACCGGCGCAGGUUCGCACGCGAGCACAUCCGAAUAUCCGUCUUGCGCAGCGCUUCAUGAUGAGCCUUUGGGAGACACGCGCCGAUGACCCUCUGGCCCCUCAACAUCCUAUAACAUAUGCCGAUCGAAUCCGUAUCUAUGGCCCUGGAGCUAGUGCACCGGCUGCCAAGGUUGGCGACCAGCGCAGCAAGAAGGGGACGCUGCCCAAGGAAUCUGUUCCUCAGUCUGCCGACGACUGGAUCAGUGCGCUUCAGUCUUCUGCUGGCAUCACAGCACAAGUCGACAAUGGAUCUCUGGAGCGAUGGGAACCGGAUGGGUAUCAGCGAGCAGGGACGUAUUCCUCCAUCUUCCAAGGGAGAUGGGAAGAGUAUGAUCCGUGGCGUAGCGCGUGCCGCGUAUCUGCCAACAUGGAUCUUUAUAACGGCUACGGCGCGUGUACCAUCUUUCGCAUGUUCCAGGGCGUAGUUGCUCUGUCUUCUGUCGAACCAGGUAUGAUUCGACUGCUUCCUUCACCCAAGCUCGCGACGGCAUAUUAUUUACUGCGGCCAUUCUUUGAGCCGACACAUCCUGCCCCGGAGUGGAUAUCUGCCAACCACCCAGGCUAUGCUGAAGCUUGGGAUGCGUACUUGUCGCCAUCUAACUGGAAGCUGAACCGCAAUCCUGACCCCGUCAUUCACGGCGCGGUACCUGGCCACGCCCAGCGCGUUACAGAACGCUGGCACCCGCAUCUUAUGCUCCGAAGCAGUAUGAUUACUCUGCCGACACUGAAGCCCGGCGACUAUAUCCUGUGGCACCCGGAUCUACCUUAUCACCUGUCUUCUGGCGAGAGCAUGCCUGGCGUAGAGACGCCGCAGACAGCAGCGCACUGGUUUGACGACGCGCGCAUGCUCGUCUAUGUGCCAGCAGCACCACUUACUCAAACAAGCGCGCUGUAUCUAGCUCGACAGCGUAAAUCGUAUCAGCGCGGCCACCCUGGGCCUGAUUUCGACUCGUCUGGUAGCAAUAACCAGACCGAGAGCGAUGACAUUCGACCCGAUCAAGCAGAAAUUGCUGCUGUUGGAGGACAACCCGCUCUGCGUGCGAUGGGCCUUGCUCUCUGGGAAGAAGAGAAUGCCACGCUCCCGUGGUUUGAAAAGGGAUGGACGGCUACUAAUGGCGACGGGGAUGAUGAGCGGACAUAUGACAGUCCGAGCAGCGCUACGACAAUGUCCACGGCAGACACGGAGGUUCUGCGGCUGGCCAAUGUUAUUUUGUUUCCGGAUAAAGCAGCUAUUGGAUAGUUGUGGUAGAUGUAUAUAGGGAAGAGAAAAUGGCGGUAUAUCUGAAUGUAUUGAGCUAAAUGAUAGACAGCAAAGAAAUGACAAUGAUGAUGAUGCAAAAG